GGUUUACUGCUUGAAAAGUAAAGAUAUUUGUUGAUUGACCAAGAUACAAGGCUAAUAACAAAAACUAGAUAAAAGUGUGAGAUGACGCCAAAUGAGACCAGUGGGGUUUGCACAGGAUCACGGGGCUACCUACGGAAGAGUGCACAGAUCUCCUGUCAGCACCCAUAUGGAUUAUUCCCACAGAAUCUAAUGCUUUGUUACUAUAAAUACCCUCCAGCAAUCAUGACAUGAAUAGGCAAUCCCAGUAUUUGACUGGGACAAUCAAAUCUACAUUCUUAGUUGAUACUGCUACUCUGAUACUACGUUUUCGCUCUAGAUUUGCUUCUUUUUUUCAUAUAUUUGGUUUUUGUAGAGUGGUGGGACUUUGAUUUUGCUUCAGCAUUUUUUUUUUUGUGUCUGAAAUUUUUUUUUUUGAAAUAGUAUUUGUUCAUUUUAGCUUAAGAGGAAGCUUAGAAAAUGACCGUAGGUGCUGGAAUAAGCGUGGCUGAUGGGAAGUUGAAUGUGCUGGGGAGCUGCAUUCUCAGCGAUAUUCAUGACAAUGUCAUUGUGACACCGGCAACUGGCGAGAGCUUCAUCAAUGGCGCUUUUAUUGGCAUUCAAUCCGAUCACAAAGCCAGCCGUAGCGUCUUCCCUGUUGGCAAACUCCAGGGGUUGCGUUUCAUGUGUGUUUUCCGGUUUAAGAUGUGGUGGAUGACUCAGAGAAUGGGGACAGCUGGCCAAGAAAUACCAUUUGAGACACAAUUCUUGAUUGUUGAGGGUCAAGAGGGCUCCCAUUUUGGUGAAGAUGGCGGUGGCCAGUCCGCAACAUACGUUGUUUUCUUGCCUAUUCUAGAAGGUGAUUUCAGGGCUGUUCUUCAGGGGAAUGCCAACGAUGAGUUGGAGAUCUGCUUAGAAAGCGGUGAUCCUGCUGUCCAAGAAUUUGAGGGAAGCCAUUUAGUUUUCGUGGCUGCUGGAUCAGACCCAUUUGAUGUUAUCACUAAUGCAGUCAAGAGUGUGGAGAGACACCUACAGACUUUUUCUCAUCGUGAUAGGAAGAAGAUGCCGGACAUGUUAAAUUGGUUUGGGUGGUGUACGUGGGAUGCUUUCUACACUGAUGUUACUUCAGAGGGAGUUAAGCAAGGUUUAGAGAGUUUGGAGAAAGGUGGGAUUCCCCCAAAGUUUAUCAUCAUUGACGAUGGAUGGCAAUCUGUUGGGAUGGAUCCUACUAGUUUUGAAUUCAAAGCUAACAAUGCGGCUAAUUUUGCAAAUAGGCUAACUCAUAUCAAAGAGAACCACAAAUUCCAAAAGAAUGGCAAGGAGGGUCACAGAUUGGAAGAUCCUGCCAUGGGACUUCGCCAUCUCGUCACAGAAAUUAAAGAUGCAUAUGCUCUGAAGUAUGCUUAUGUCUGGCAUGCAAUCACUGGGUAUUGGGGUGGUGUGAGGCCUGGUGUCACUGAGAUGGAUCACUAUGAAUCUCAGAUGGCUUAUCCGAUUUCCUCUCCAGGGGUUCAAUCAAAUGAAGCCUGUGAUGCUCUGGAUUGCAUUGCCAAAAAUGGGCUAGGCCUUGUGAACCCUGAGAAAGUGUUCAACUUUUAUAAUGAGCUGCACUCAUAUCUCGCCUCUGCUGGCAUCGAUGGGGUUAAAGUUGAUGUUCAGAACAUCCUCGAAACCCUUGGAGCAGGCCAUGGUGGAAGAAUCAGACUAGCAAGGAAGUACCAUCAAGCAUUAGAGGCUUCAAUUUCUCGGAAUUUUCCCGAUAAUGGAAUUAUUUCUUGUAUGAGUCACAACACAGACGGUUUGUACAGUGCCAAGAGAAGUGCAGUAGUUAGAGCAUCAGAUGAUUUUUGGCCAAGAGAUCCUGCCUCCCACACAAUUCACAUAGCAUCAGUUGCUUAUAACACCGUCUUCCUGGGCGAGUUCAUGCAGCCAGAUUGGGAUAUGUUUCACAGCUUGCACCCAAUGGCUGAAUACCAUGGAGCAGCACGGGCAGUUGGAGGUUGUGCUAUUUAUGUCAGUGACAAGCCCGGGCAGCAUGACUUCAAUCUCUUGAGGAAGCUCGUGCUUCCUGAUGGUUCCAUCCUGAGGGCUAAACUUCCAGGAAGGCCGACGAGGGAUUGCCUGUUUUCAGAUCCUGCUAGAGACGGAAAAAGUUUACUAAAGAUUUGGAAUCUCAAUGAUUUGAAUGGAGUGAUUGGAGUGUUCAACUGUCAAGGGGCUGGAUGGUGUAGAAUUGGAAAGAGAAACCUCAUUCACGACGAACGACCGGAUACAAUAACUGGAACCGUUCGGGCUAAUGAUGUGGACUACUUACCAAGAAUUGCUCCUGAUGGAUGGAGAGGCGAUGCUGUUGUCUAUUCUCAUAUUCAUGGAAAUCUAGUCUACCUUCCAAGCAAUGCUGCUCUGCCAAUUACACUGAUGGCACGGGAGUACGAGGUUUUCACGGUUGUUCCUGUCAAGGAAACAUCAAAUGGUUCUCGAUUCGCUCCUAUAGGCCUCAUCAGGAUGUUCAAUUCAGGUGGAGCGGUCAAAGAAGUAGGUUAUGAAAAGGUUGAUGCGGGGAACAUACGCAUCAAAACACGGGGAUGUGGUACUUUUGGAGCCUAUUCAUCAGUCAGACCCAAAAGAAUCACAGUUGACACAGAGGAAGUCCAGUUUCAUUUUGAAGAAGCCUCUGGAUUGGUAACCCUCGAUCUCUCAGUCCCAGAGAGAGAGUUGUACCUCUGGACCAUCAACAUUGAACUCUAAACAAUUAGUUACAGCAUUGAAGGCCGGGCCCCAUUAAUUUAGAACUCUGUAAACCUCCUUUAACACUACUAUUUCGUUGCAACGGUAAAAGAUGGCAUGCCCAAAAAUCAGCGGAUGGUUUUGGAUUGGAUAGGCUCUAUAUGUUUCGCAAACCCAUCAUCUCGAAGAACCUUUUGCUUCAUACUCCUAGAUUUUUUACCAUUUCAUCUUAUGAACGAGACAAAGAUAUUCCAUAACGAAAAUAAUGUUGGAAUGUAUGCCCUAAAACAAUGUAUUUGUUUUUAUAUUAUACAUUCCUUAUUA